AACUCUUUAUGUCUGCAUUUCCUCUAUAAGUCUUUAGAGAUUUUCCUUGAGAAGUAAUUUAACUUGUUCAAGGGCAAACAAUCAAAACAUAGCAGAGGUCAUGCUGACUGUCAAAAUCUCAAAGAAAUAAAAUAGCCUUUGCACAUAGCAUGUCCUUAAUAAGUGCUGAAAGGACUGACUGAUUGCUCCUUGUCCUACCUAGGUUACUGCCUCGAUGAACAAGUCUGAAAAUGUCCAAUUUCACCAGUGAGACUGAGUUUCUGCUCAUGGGGUUUUCUGACAUCCGAGAGCUCCAGAUCUUCUAUUCUUUCCUUUUGGGUCUCAUCUACUCUGCAGGCCUGAUGGGGAAUCUCCUCAUUGUCAUCAUCACCACCUUUGACAGGAGACUCCACACCCCCAUGUACUUUUUCCUGAGGAAUCUGUCCAUGGUGGAUGCCUGCUACCUCUCAAUAACUGUUCCCCAGGCAUCUUUUAACUCUCUGGUGAACAACAGGAUUAUUUCAGUUACAGGCUGUGCAACUCAGGUAUUCCUUGUAAUUUUAAUGGCAUAUGUAGAAGUAACUUUGCUCACCGUCAUGGCUCGUGACCGUUAUGUGGCCAUCUGCCACCCUCUGCACUACCCAGUGAUCAUGAGUCCCCGAGUCUGCCUGCAGAUGACCAUUACGUGUUUGUUGACUGGCCUCGAGUAUUCAGCUUUUCACACUGGCUACACGUUUCGCUUGUCUUUCUGUCAUUCCAAUGUGGUCCAUCAGUUCUUCUGUGACAUCCCCUCUCUGCUAAGGAUUUCCUGCUCAGACACUUUUAGCAAUAAGUUAUCCCUACUUGCUUCUGCACUCAUGGUUGGUGCUGGCUGUUAUGGCUUCAUCACUGCAUCUUACGUUCGUAUAUUUUCCGCCGUGCUCAAGUUUCCAGUGAAAGAAGACCAGAAAAAAGCCUUCUCGACCUGCAUCCCCCACAUCAGUGUGGUUUCUUUAUUUGUUAUUUCAGGCAUUUAUGUAUAUUCCCAACCACCUUCAGAUUCUGAAUCUCUCAAGGAUAUUAUUCCUUCUGUAUUUUAUACCAUAAUACCUCCUUUUCUGAACCCCAUUAUAUACAGUCUAAGAAAUAAGCAGAUAAAAGAUGCUAUGGGAAUAUUAAUGAAGAGAACCAUUUUUAUUAGAAAAUAAAGCAUAAACAGUAGUUCUCAGUGUUUUUCAACCUAGUUGAUCCAUUGAGGAAAACA